GAAUAAGAAUUGUCGCAUCCGGUGGUGUGACAACUUCAUUGGGCUUUGUUAUUAAAAUGCGUUCGGUCGAUACUCUGUCGGUGGAUGAUAUGGGAAUUAAUGCAAAUAUCGAUCCUGAAAAAGAGAGAGCUUGGCGUUGGUUAAAAAUGGCUUGUGGUGAAAAUGUAAAGAGGAAUUAUGGUUCCGUCGGACGAAUACCUUCUACACGGUUGGGAGAAGCAUGGCUCUUCCGUAAACUCUUUAAUGAGGCACAGGUGUUGAUGCAAAAACAAGAUGAUUGGUGUAAAGCUGCAGAAAAAUUAAGUUACGGCGAACGAUUGAAUUCAUAUUUUCCGGAAGAUCUUCGACUUGAAAGUUUGGUGGCAUUAUUAAGAGGCGAUGUAAAGUUGAAUGUCCACUGUUAUGAGACCCAUGAUAUAGAAGCAAUUAUUCGACAUUCUUUGGAAUUUAAUUUUACUAUUACAGCUUUACAUCAUGCGUUAGAUGCUUAUCGUAUUACUGAAAUUAUUAAAAAACGUGUAAAGAAUAAUAUUACAAUUGCAACAUUUUCUAACUUGUGGGGCUACAAGAAGGAAGCAUUUCAAGCUAGUACAAAGUCUUUGAAAAUUUUAGCUGAUGCACAAAUUCCUGUAGCUAUAAAAACUGAUCACGGCAUAAUAAAUGCGCAAACUUUGAUGUUUGAAGCUUCCAAGGCAAAUUAUUAUGGUCUUGAUGAACAUCUUUCCCUUGCAGCCGUCACAUCAGUGCCUGCAAAGGCUCUUGGUUUAGAUCAUCGCAUUGGCCAAAUUUCAAAGGGAUAUGACGCUGAUGUUGUGGUGUGGGAUUCUUAUCCAUUUGAUUUGGGUGCAACUCCAUUAGAAGUUUAUAUCGAUGGAAUUCCUCAAUUUAAUACUUCUUCAUGUGUACUUGGAAAUGUUUCAGUAAAAGAAAUCCCAUCAAAAUUUAUACCGAAGUCAAAUUUUACACGAGAGCCUGCAAAAUCACAAUUAACCUCAUCUGUUGUGUUAAAAAAUGUUGGCAAGAUUUUUGUUGAUAAGAACCAUAUAAUUGAUACCACUUCAUCGACAAAAGGAGAUAUUAGCGUGAUAGUUAAAGAUGGCAUUGUUGAAUGUAUUGGUAUUAAUUGUACAGAACCAGAUAAUAUUUCAUCGUAUGAAGUAAUUGAUUUAAAUGGUGGAUAUGUAUUACCAGGAUUCAUUGCUGUUACGCCAUCUCUAGGAUUAUCAGAGAUCGAUAGUGAAUCCUCCACAACAGAUGGUAGAGUAACAGCUGUAUCCAAUUCCAACAACGCUGAAAAAAUUAUUUACGCAAUCGAUGGAUUGAAAUUGGGAGGCAAACAUUUAGAGGCCGCAUAUAAGGCUGGAUUACUUACUGCCGUCACAGCACCUCUCUCGUCUAAAGGCGUGCUUAUUGGGGUUUCUAUGGCAUUUGAAACCGGCGCUAGCUCUGAUUAUGAUCCUAAUCCGAUUGUUAAGGAACAUCAACAUAAUAUCUUUGGUCGUGCUGCACGAGGAGAUAUCCCUUUAGUUGUACAAACUCACAGCAAAGAUGAAAUUGCUUCAUUGAUCCGAUUGAAAAUUCAAAUUAAAAAUCAUGGAGGACAUUUAAACCUUGUGAUAUUGGGUGGUACUGAAGCACAUAUGCUUGCCGUUGAAUUGUCUAAACAUAAAAUACCUGUAAUACUUAUCCCAUCCCGACCUACUCCAAAGUCAUGGACGGCUCAACAUGCAUUAACAGGAGCACCUAUUACCAGUACAACCGGAAUUGAGAUACUUCAUGCGAAUAAAGUUAUAGUAGGAAUAGGUGUAAUAGAAACAGGUUUGGAAAGAAACUUAAUUUGGGAUGCUGGUUGGGCAGGUAUAAAUUCUAGAGGGGUUAUUUCCGAAAAAGAUGCGCUUGGGUUUAUUUCGUGGAACUUGGAAGAAAUUUUUGGCUUAGAUGGGAGAAACAGAAAGUUAAUGAAAGGCAACCUUGCAAAUUUUGUAGCAUAUGAUGGGAAUCCUUUUGAUAUGAAAACAAGGUUGAAAAUUGUUGCUGGAGGUGGUAAGAGGAAAAUUCUUAUUGAUCCUCAACAAGAUUAG